AUGAAGCUCUCCAUCCUCAUUCUGGCAGCUGCCUCCGCCCUCGUCCUCGCCGGCGGCGGCAAGAAGGAAGAAUCUGUUCUGUGCAAGAAGUGCUACAUCUACAGCCUUGAACACUGCGAGAAAGACGUCUGCAAGGGCAAAGUCGACGGCGACCGCAAGCACCUAACCUUUGAAUGGACCAAGUGCAUGAAUAAGUGUGACCACGACGACACCUGCAAGUACGUACCUGCAGGCGAGACGGUGGCUUGCGGCGAUGAGUGCACCCCUGGUACUGCCUGCCCAACUACCUAG